AGUCACUGGAGCUACUGGGAGACAGUCUGGCACCAUGCUGGAAGGCUACAGCCCUGUGACCCAGGCCCUGCUGGGGACUCUGUUCACCUGGGGUCUGACGGCAGCUGGAGCCGCUUUGGUGUUCGUCUUCUCUAGUCGACAGAAGCGCAUCUUGGAUGGAAGCUUAGGCUUUGCAGCUGGGGUAAUGUUGGCUGCUUCUUAUUGGUCGUUGCUGGCACCAGCCAUCGACAUGGCGGAGGAUUCUGGAAAGUAUGGUUCGUUUGCCUUCCUACCUGUGGCUGUGGGAUUCACACUCGGGGCAGCUUUUGUUUACUUUGCUGACCUGGUCAUGCCCCUGCUGGGCGUCGGCACCGACCCCCACACCGCCUUGGCUCUGCCCCCUGACUCCAAGCUGGCCAAAGAGAAGGAAAAGGACGCCUCCUUCCUGUUUGCAGACUCUGAUGAGAUGACCAUCAGGAUAGGUAGAGCUGGACCUCUCUCAGAUAAAGCUGAGAAUGGAGAUGUUUACCAGAGAAGGAGAGGACCACAUUCGGGCCAAUUAGAUGGACAGGAAACAGGAAGUAAACAACAGGAAGUGGUUGGGCAGACAAGCAGCUGGCGACGAAUUCUUCUUCUCAUCCUAGCCAUCACCAUCCAUAACAUCCCAGAGGGCCUAGCUGUUGGAGUCGGUUUUGGAGCCAUAGGAAAGACGCCUUCUGCAACCUUUGAGAGUGCCAGAAAUCUGGCCAUCGGUAUCGGCAUCCAGAAUUUUCCAGAAGGGCUGGCAGUGAGCCUGCCGCUGCGAGGUUCAGGUGUCUCAACAUGGAAGGCCUUCUGGUAUGGCCAGCUCAGUGGCAUGGUAGAACCCAUUUCUGGCUUGUUGGGCGCCGUCGCUGUUGUUCUGGCAGAACCUCUGCUGCCGUAUGCGUUGGCCUUCGCUGCAGGGGCGAUGGUCUACGUGGUGGUGGAUGACAUCAUACCAGAGGCUCAAGUCAGCGGAAACGGGAGACUGGCAUCCUGGACCUCCAUCCUGGGCUUCGUAGUUAUGAUGUCACUAGAUGUAGGACUAGGCUGAUGUUGCCACGUCGACGGGCAUCAAAGUGUCGCUGACCUCAGUUUGAAAAAGGGGACCAAAUGAAAUGUUUCACUCUGAAACAGCUUGACUAGUUUGUUUAAUGAACACUACUUGAAGUACUUCUGUGAAAACAGAGCAGUUUUUUAGACCGAGGUGUAAGGACAGCCGUACUUGAACGUUAAUCUUUGACAUGAGCAGCUAAAACUGAUCCAAAUUUCUCAUUUAGAAAUGAAUUAAUGAUUUAAUGAUUAUAUAUCAUAUUCCAGAGCAGGUGUUUGUUUUUGUUUUUUUGAGACUGAUAUUUAAGAUUGAAAUUACUUAAGAAAAAGGAGUUUUUUAUUUUUAAUUUUAUAUUUUCAUUACCAAGAUGUGAUAUCAUGUCUCUAUUCUUUCUUCUGCUUUUAAGGUACAGUGUGUACUUUUUUUUCUUUUUAAGAGAAUUGCUUUCAGUGGUCUGUUUUUCUCCAUGUUUAACAAUUAAACUCAGUUUAGCUGUUUCAUACUCAGUCGCAAGUGGUGUAUAAUUUAUAUAAAGAAACAAGCAAGUUAUUCUCAGUUU